UUUCCGGUUAAAACGGCACUUGAACAUGCUGAGUGAUAUCAUGAGUCUCACUAGAUCAUAAAAUAUUAAGUAUUUAUGUAAGUAUUUGUCAUUAGUUGACCCUAUGAAUUUAUUUUCGGACACGGCGGGUUAUUCCAGGGAUAGCAGCAAUGUCCUCGUCAUGGACAGAGCGCCAGGGAUUGGUUGGUGAUCUUCGAAACAAGAGCAAAGAUGAGCUGUAUGACAUACUUAUACGCCAGGAUAAAUUGCUGAGCAAUAAGAGGUUCAUCCACACCCUUCCUGAUAAGGGGAAGAAGAUCUCUGAGUUUGCAGAGCGAGUUCGCCAGGCCCUUGCCCAUGUUGAAGAGGCGGAGAGGAAGCAGAAAGACCUGUCCACAGUCCGGACUGAUUUCCAGGCCCAGUACCAGCAGGCCCUGACCCAAAGGCAGCCUCAGCCCAGAUCCACAGCACCGGUCCUGAGUCUGCCUGAGAGGGGCCCUGGGGAAAAUAGACCACCAGAACCCAAACAUGUAGACCAGCCCAAAGAGGCUGAACUUACACCUCAGAGUACCUCAGGGAGCCAUGGCAACAGCGACGAGGUUGCCCAGCAACAGAGCCCCAAUGCCACAGAAACCAUGGAGACCACCCCAGACGGGGAACACGGCACCCCCCGAGAAGGCGAUGAGUCAAAAGGGGGCGGCCUGGCAGAGGCUCUGGCCCGGGUCUCGCUGUCAGAUCAGGCUGGGGAAAAAGCUUCCGGAAGCUCUGGCGGCAGCAGCAGCGGUGGCCUCAGAAACCCGUUCCUGGUCAGGCAGCCCCUGAAGAAGAUGCACUAUGUAGAGGUGCUGGAGAGGACGGAGAGUACGGUCUCCACUCAGAGACCCAAGUUCAAACCCAACCAGCUGCUCCCUAAAUCGGGGUCCCCCUCCCCCAUCGGGUCCCCAGGGGGUGCGUCGCCCCUCUCUGUGGAGGCUAGACGACAGAGAGACAGGAAGCACCUGGAUGACAUCACGUCCGCCAGGCUUGCACCGCUGCACUAUGAUCCCGCUAAGCUGCUCUCACUAGAGGAGGCAUCAGGGCUCAUGAGGGAACAGACACAGAGACAGAGGGAGCUAGAGGCCAGAAUGGCUGCCCAGAAGCUGUCGGAGAGCUUGAGCUCCAGCAUGAGGUCGUACCACCCGGAGGGGGGGUCACUGGGGCCGUACCGGGAGGUGCGAGACGACGGGGCCUCAGACGAGGACGACUAAUCCUGAGGCUCACUGCAGGGGGGAGAGAGAGAGAGAGAGAGUGAUGAGACUGCGAGAGGGGAAGAGAGCGACAGAGAGACAGAGUGCGAUGGAGGGAGGGAGGGAGAGAGAGAAAGUGGGAAAGAGAGAGACAGACAGACAGACAGACAGAGUAUGGGUUCUCCCCGUCACCUCUGGUCCCUCAGUCUGGGCUCAGAUUUGGGGCCCCUUCACCAGAGGGCCGCUGGGAGGUGGGGGGGCAAACUGUUCAGAGAUGCCAGGGGCCCUUAGCAACGGUCAGGGUCCCCUGGCGACGGUCGGGGAAAGGCGCAGUAGAAGGGGGCAGCAGGGGUAAGAGAGUCCCAGGAGACAAGCUAAGUGGCAUUGAGUUGUCAUUCCUGACAGCGUCAUGCUUUAAUAGGAGGAGAAGGCCGCUCUCACCCCCACAGACCCCACUGUGUGUGUGUGUGUGUGUGUGUGUGUGUGUGUGUGUGUGUGUGUGUGUGUGUGUGUGUGUGUGUGUGUGUGUGUGUGUGUGUGUGUGAGAGAGUUCUGAUCAGGCCCUGUUGCUAUCAGUGUAUGCUCGCCUCCUCUCCAGUUCUGAACUGAAGCCCUGGCAUUCUGACUCAUCUGGAAGGAAGGGAAAAAAUAGAAGUUAUUUUUGUAUUACUACUCUGUAACACUUUUGGAAAAUAAAAUAAAUAUAUAUAUGUUUUGCUAA